UUCACGUUCACACGUCAAUUCUUUAUAAUAUUCUAGACCACAAAAUCACGAGUACAACCACGUUAGAGGUUGCACAAUUUUGUCACAUUUUUAUAUAGAUAAUACAGUAUGUCAAAGAAAAAAGGAAAUAAGAAAAAUCAAGAUUUUGAUGAUGAUUUUGAAGAAAAUUCAAAAUCAAGUGUACAUAGUAAAAAUGAGGAUGAAAUAACCUCAAAAGGUGGAAAGGCUAAAAUAAGUAAAAAAUCGAAAGGUAAAGGUAAAAAAGAUGACGAUUGGAGCGAUGAUGAAGAUACGAAAAAAUCUAAAAAAUCCUUACCAGAAAGUAACGACGUUGAUACGAAAUCGAAUAAAAAAUCAGCUAAGAAAGGUAAGGGUCGUCGAAAAUCACUUAGUGAUUCAGAAGAUGGAAUUGAUGCUGAUGAAAAAUCAGUUACCAGUGGUGGAGCUGGUGAUAAAAAAUCAAAACCACAACCAGUAAACAAAUCGACGAAAAAAACUAAAGGAAAAGGUAAAGGCAAAAAAGAUGAUUGGUCUGACAAAGAUAGCGAUGUAGAAUUGAAAAUACCUAAAUCAGAAAGUGAUGAAGAUAUUAAUGUAAGAAUCGUUUCAAAAAAAGACAAAGGAAAGAAAAAAUCAAAUAAGAAAAUUGAUUUCGAAGAAAGUGAUAAUGAGGAAGAUGAAGUUAUUACAUCAAAAAAGAAUGGCAAAGCAGGUUUUCAACUACUUGGAAAUGAUUCGGAAAGUGAAGAUGAUAAUUCAAAAUCAUCUACAGAAAAGCCUCCAGCAAAGAAACCUACUGAAAACGACAAAAAUAAUAAAAAAUCUAACAAGAAAAUUUCAGAUGUGAAGGAAGUUAGUAAAAAAGUAAUGCUCUCAGAAGAUGAAAAAUCGGAAAAUGAAGAAGAAAUUGAAGAAGUAAAACCUGUUAAUAAAAAAGAUAAAAAAUCGAAUAAAAAAACAAUCGAAACAAAAGUCGAUAAGGUAGAACCACCUAAAGAAUUACCCGAAUCAAUUGUUGAAACAGAAGUAAAUGAAGUAGCUGAAAAAUUAGUUGAUUUGGACAUUAGUAAAAAAGAAUCUGAAAUUGAAGUAGAUAAAAAAUUAACACAUAAAGAAAAAAAGAAACUUAAAAAACAACAAGAGUACGAGAAACAAAUGGAGACAAUGAUGAAAAAAGGUGGUCAAGGUCAUUCGGAAUUAGAUAGUAAUUUUACAGUAUCACAAUCACAAAAAUCUGCUGGUCAAAUGGCUGCUUUAGAGAAUGCAGUUGAUAUUAAAAUUGAAAAUUUCAGUAUUGCAGCGAAAGGAAACGAUUUAUUUGUAAAUGCUAAUUUACUUAUUGCACAUGGUCGGCGAUAUGGUCUUGUAGGACCAAACGGCCAUGGUAAAACAACACUUUUGAGACACAUUCAACAAAGAGCGUUUGCAAUACCUCCAAAUAUUGAUAUACUUUAUUGUGAGCAAGAAGUUGUAGCCGAUGAUUUUUCUGCAGUAGAAUCUGUAUUAAAAGCUGAUGUUAAACGAACGACUUUACUUGAAGAAUGUAAAAAACUUGAAGCACAAACGGAAAAAGGGAAUUUGGAAGUACAAGAUCGUUUGAAUGAGGUUUAUGCUGAAUUAAAAGCAAUCGGUGCAGAUUCAGCAGAACCACGAGCAAGAAGAAUCUUAGCUGGUUUAGGUUUUUCAAAGGAAAUGCAAGAUCGUGCAACGAAAAAUUUUUCUGGUGGUUGGAGAAUGAGAGUUUCAUUGGCAAGAGCCUUGUACAUAGAACCUACUUUGCUAUUGUUGGACGAACCUACAAAUCAUUUAGAUUUAAAUGCUGUAAUUUGGCUUGAUAAUUAUUUACAAGGAUGGAAAAAAACAUUGCUAAUUGUUUCUCACGAUCAAUCUUUCUUGGACAAUGUAUGUAAUGAAAUUAUACAUUUAGAUCAACAAAAAUUAUAUUACUACAAAGGUAAUUAUUCAAUGUUUAAAAAAAUGUAUGUACAAAAGAAAAAAGAAAUGAUGAAAGAAUAUGAGAAACAAGAGAAACGUAUCAAAGAAUUAAAAGCACAUGGUUCAUCAAAGAAAGCUGCAGAGAAAAAACAAAAGGAGGCACUUACUAGAAAACAGGAAAAAAAUCGUACAAAAAUGCAAAAAGCAGAUGAUGAUAAUGGACCUACUGAAUUAUUACAACGACCUAAAGAGUAUAUUGUUAAGUUUUCGUUCCCUGAUCCACCACCAUUACAACCUCCAAUUUUAGGUUUACACAAUGUGAGUUUUAGUUAUCCAGGUCAAAAACCAUUAUUUAUUGACGUUGAUUUCGGUAUAGAUUUAAGUUCACGUGUUGCAAUUGUUGGACCUAAUGGUGUUGGCAAAUCAACAUUUUUGAAACUUUUAACUGGAGAUUUAUUACCUAACCAGGGCGAUUUAAUUCGUAAUCAUCGCUUGCGAAUUGGGCGUUUUGAUCAGCAUUCUGGUGAGCAUUUGACUGCAGAGGAAACUCCUUCAGAGUACUUAAUGCGUUUAUUUGAUUUGCCAUACGAAAAAGCUAGAAAACAAUUGGGUACAUUUGGAUUAUCAAGUCAUGCACAUACAAUUAAAAUGAAAGAUCUAUCGGGUGGUCAGAAAGCACGUGUAGCAUUAGCUGAAUUAUGCUUAAAUGCUCCAGAUGUCGUUAUCUUGGAUGAACCUACAAAUAAUUUAGAUAUUGAAUCAAUUGAUGCAUUAGCUGAUGCUAUAAAUGAAUACAACGGUGGUGUAAUUAUUGUUUCCCACGACGAACGAUUAAUACGUGAGACUGAAUGUAAUUUAUACAUAAUUGAAGAUCAAACAAUAAAUGAAGUUGAUGGUGACUUCGACGAUUAUAGAAAAGAAUUGUUGGAUAGUUUAGGUGAAAUUAUUAACAGUCCAAGUAUAGCUGCAAAUGCAGCUGUUUUACAAUAAAAAUCACGGUAUAGAUCAAUUAUAUUAUUUUUUUUAUUGAAUUAUAUUUACG